AUGUGCGGACGAUAUGCAUUAGGCGUGCGCAUGCGCUUCAUCCGCAACCGGAUGCAAGAACAAGGACUUCAAGUUGACGACGCACCACCUGAUGACUCAAUUCGCGAGACCUACAACUUCGCCCCUGGCUACAACGGCGCUAUCUACCGCGCUGACAGUCCCAAUGAAGAACAACACCACCGCCAUCAGCAGCUCUCAAACACCAACCCCAGCUCCCCCGAAAACGAGCAAGAACCCAGGCCAGUGAAUGACAUUCCCAAAUCCAACUCAUCCAACAACGCUAGCGCAAACCCCCACUACAAACUCCAAAGCAUGAAGUGGGGCCUCAUCCCCUCAUGGACAAAGCGCUCACCAGACUACGGAUCCCUCAUGCGCACGAUCAACUGCCGCGACGACUCGCUCGUCGAAGACCGCGGCAUGUGGACGUCUAUGAAGCGCAAGAAGCGGUGCGUGGUCAUCUGCCAGGGGUUCUACGAGUGGUUGAAGAAGGGACCCGGCGGGAAGGAGAAGGUCCCGCAUUUCGUGAAAAGGAAGGACGGGGAUUUGAUGUUCUUUGCGGGGUUGUGGGAUUGCGUUUCGUUUGGUGACUCCGAAGAACCUCUCUUCACAUAUACCAUCAUCACGACCUCAUCGAAUCCCUACCUGAAGUUCCUGCAUGAUCGGAUGCCCGUGAUCCUCGAGCCCGGUAGCGAGGCCAUGAAGACAUGGCUAGAUCCGACACGUACGACAUGGUCGAAGGAACUACAGUCCGUGCUAAAGCCCUACGAGGGCGAGCUGGAGUGUUAUGCCGUCUCCAAGGAGGUGGGCAAAGUGGGCAACAAUUCGCCGGAUUUCAUGGUCCCUGUGGCCAGUAAGGAGAACAAGAACAACAUUGCGAAUUUCUUCGCCAACGCGAAAGAGAAGAAUGAGCCGGCUUCUGCGGAGAAACCAAUAUCAACGAAGGAGCCGAAAGUAGAGGACGAUGAAAGGGAGCAGAGACCGACGAAGGAUGAUGAGUGGAGCGAGGAUCAUGCCCCGAAGCCUGUAUCCGCUGUCAAGAGAGGGCAUGACGAGCAAGGGCCAGCUGAGGGCGAAGACAUGGACGAUCAGAAGAGACUUAGGCUCGAGGAACAUACUCCGUCGCCGCAAAAGGCCCGACAGCUUUCGCCGUCGCCGUCCAAACAACAGACCGUGCCUUCAGGUAGGAAGACGCGCAGUGCCACUCACAACCAGAAAACACCAAGGAAAACGGAUAGUAAGAAGGCGUCGGAUGGAUCGCAGCGGAUCACAAAGUUUUUUGGUAAAUGA